UCGUAGCUGGUCUGGCUCUGGACUGGAUAUCACAUAUCAGUACGGUAUCUUGUGGCUUCGUUUUUUGCUUUGUCAUCUGAUGCAGACUGACGCCUGUCUAUACGCUAUGUUGUUUGUUGUUGGUCGAUGCUCCCUGCUGUGAUUUUCUGAUAUGGUUGUUGUGUCUAUUCAGAGUUCAGUAGCUGUUUUGCGUAUGUCGUUCAAAUUUUAGUUCAGUCAGUCAGUAGUUAUGGAAUCUCUCCAAUUGGUUAUUGAUAUUGAUGGAAUGACAUGCACGUCAUGUUCUGAUAGUAUCCAGAAUGCGAUUGGAAAACUGCCUUGGAUUGAGAGUAUUCUGGUUUCACUAGAAGAUAACAAUGCAGUUGUAAAAUUUGAUUCGUCCAAACUGGAACUUGAGGAAAUUAUUGAAAAUAUCAACGAUAUGGGAUUUGAAGCGAAGAUGAGAGAAUCUGGAAACCCAAGCAGUGAAAUUGUGAUUGAUAUUGAAGGGAUGACAUGUGAUGCUUGUGUACAUAAUAUACAAUCUAAUAUUCAGAAAUUACCUUAUGUGAAAAAUAUUGAGGUAUCAUUACAAAAUAAGCAAGGAACAGUCAGUUUUAACCCAGGGAUGUCAGAUCACGCAAACGAAGUCAUUGAAGCUAUAAAUGAUAUGGGGUUCGAAGCCACAAUCAGUGUAUCUGGUCCACGUAAACGUACAACGACUGUGCAUGUAAACAUUGAAGGAAUGACUUGCAAUUCAUGUGUUGAAACAAUAGAACAACAACUGGGAUCGUACACAGGAGUUCAUUCGAUUAAGGUUUUGCUCAACGAGAAAAAGGGCAUAAUCGAAUAUAAUCCAGAGUUGAUUACAUUAGAUCAAAUGCUAGAUGCAAUAGAAGACAUGGGUUUCGAAGUGUCAAGAAAAUUCAACUAUGAAUCAAACAUUGUGGAUGAAGAUACAAACUCGUCUCUCAUCCAAUUCUCUCCCAAAGAUUCAUCGCCGUCUCAUCAGGAUCGUUUACUGAUUACCAAUGGAAAUCUGAGCACAGAUUCAGUUACUGUAUUCAUAGAUAUUGAAGGCAUGCAUUGUAAAUCUUGUGUGAGAAAAAUUGAAGACAACAUGAAAGAUGUGAAUGGUAUUGAACAGAUUAACGUUUCACUCGAAAACAAAAAUGCUGUCGUUGUUUUUGACAAAAAACUUCUCCAAGAAGAUAUAGUUGCCAGAAAAAUAGCCAAUUUGGGUUUCAAAACAACUACAUCAAAUGGCAUCAUAUAUACACAAUCUGGAGAAAAAACUCAAAAUGAUGAGUCAGCAAAAAAUUUGUAUCCUGCCGUUUUGCCGAUGAAAGAAGCUGAUGAUGCUUCCUCUGCAAAAUCUGCAGCAGUGACAUCUAAAAUGAAAAAAUAUGGCGAUAAAAGACAAAUCGAAUUUGAAAUGGAUGAACUCGAGCCAGCAAGAGAAAGUACGACAGUAAAAAGAUGUUUCAUUGGAAUCAAAGGAAUGACUUGCGCAUCGUGCGUCAAUAAUAUAGAGAGAAAUAUAGGUCGAGAGGAAGGUGUUGUGAGCAUUCUUGUUGGAUUGAUGUCUGGAAAAGCGGAAGUGAAGUAUUUAGAAGAUGUUAUUGUACCGGAAAAAAUUGCAUCCCUCGUUACUGACCUUGGCUUUCCAUCUGGUGUGAUUGCAGAAGAUCUACAUAGAGAUGGUCAUGUGGAAAUUAAUGUUUCUGGGAUGACUUGUUCGUCGUGUGUUCAUAAAAUAGAGAGUUCUUUGAAUUCAAUGGAUGGAGUCAAAUAUGCUUCAGUUGCUCUUGGUACUGCGACCUGUGUUGUCAAAUAUGAUCCAAAUGACGUCGGAAUUCGGGAUAUUCUAGAAAAUAUAAAGGAUAUCGGGUUUGGAGCAUCCAUCCGCAAUAGAGAAAACAAAAUGGAUUCACUGGAUCAUAAAAAAGAAAUUAAACAAUGGAGAAGAACUUUCCUAUUAUCUCUAAUAUUCGGAGUUCCAGUUAUGGGAUUCAUGAUUUAUUACAUGGCAUCUGGAGCUCAUAACAAUCCAACGAUUUUAGUACCAGGACUCAGUCUACAUAACCUGAUCAUGUGGUUGUUGUGUACGCCUGUACAGGUUUUUGGAGGAAGAUAUUUCUACGUACAAGCAUGGGCUGCUGUAAAGCAUAGGACGGCUAAUAUGGAUGUUUUGAUCGUCAUGACAACCGUGAUUGCUUACGCCUACUCUGUCAUUGUCGUUAUUGUUGCAAUGAUACAAGCAUCUCAUUCAACACCAAAGACGUUUUUCGAAACUCCACCCAUGCUGUUUUUGUUUAUAUCACUCGGACGAUGGUUGGAACAUAUUGCAAAGGGUAAAACUUCUGAAGCCCUAGCCAAACUCAUUCAACUGCAAGCGACCGAAGCUACUUUGGUUAAAUUUGCUGAGGAUCAGACAACAAUUCUAGAAGAAGAGGUCAUUGACGUCAAUCUUGUACAUCGAGGAGAUUUCUUGAGGGUUCGACCUGGAACGAAAAUACCUGUUGAUGGUAGAGUUGUGGAAGGAACAUCGAUGGUGGACGAGUCUUUAAUUACAGGUGAAUCAAUGCCUGUUACCAAAAAGACUGGUUCUCCUGUAAUUGGAGGUUCAAUCAAUCUAAAUGGAUCUUUACUCAUGAAAGCAACACACGUUGGUUCAGAUUCAGCAUUGUCUCAAAUCGUAAGACUUGUUGAAGAAGCACAAACUUCUAAAGCCCCUAUUCAGCAGAUUGCGGACAGAAUUGCAGGAUACUUUGUUCCUGGAGUUAUUAUCAUCUCAUUACUCACUUUCAUUGUUUGGUUGUCUCUCGGACUCACUCACAUUGAGAUUAUUCAAGAUAUUUUUUCAAGUCACAACUAUCUUUCUGACACUGAAAUGGCCGUUAGAUUUGCUUUCCAAACAUCUAUAACAGUAUUGGCAAUCGCUUGUCCAUGUGCGUUGGGCCUUGCUACUCCUACUGCAGUCAUGGUUGGCACAGGUGUCGGAGCACAAAAUGGAAUUCUUAUUAAAGGAGGAGAACCAUUAGAAGUAGCUCACAAGGUAAAGACGGUUGUUUUCGACAAAACUGGUACUAUAACACACGGAGAACCAAAAGUACAAAGUAUUGAAAGAUUCGAUACAGAUAACCCACAAGCUCCAUCAUUGAGAUAUUUGCUUGCUAUGAUAGGAUCUGCAGAAGGAGCAAGUGAACAUCCAUUAGCACAGGCAGUUGUCAGAUAUGCGAAAGAGAUUCUGAAAGUUGAUGCAUUGGCGAACACUACCGAAUUCAAAGCGGUACCUGGUUGUGGCAUUCAAUGUACUGUAUCGAAUAUUGAGAAUGUUUUACAAAACAGCAUCAAUUCAUAUGGUGGUGUGGUUCCAGAAUCUCUCGAAUUCACAAGCGCAGAAAAAAUGGUGUUAUCUACUGCUUCGUCAUCAUUGAAAACAAAAGUAUUACUUGGUAACAGAGAAUGGAUGAAAAGAAAUGGAAUUGUGAUUUCAAAAAAUGUUGACAAUGUUAUGAGUGAACAUGAAACCAGUGGACACACUGCGAUAUUAGUUUGUAUUGAUGGCAAAUUGAUAUGUGCAUUGGCUAUUGCUGAUACUGUCAAAUCUGAAGCUGCACUUGCUGUUCAUACUCUACAAAGAAUGGGAAUUGACAUUAUAUUAUUGACUGGUGACAAUAAAAAGACGGCCAGAGCUAUUGCUGCUCAGUGUGGAAUUCAUAACGUAUUUGCUGAAGUUCUCCCAUCUCACAAAGUUGGAAAAAUUGAGGAAAUUCAAAGAUCUGGGCACAAAGUAGCAAUGGUUGGUGAUGGAGUUAAUGAUUCGCCAGCAUUAGCACAAGCUGAUAUUGGAAUUGCAAUCGGGACUGGCACAGAUGUGGCUGUCGAGGCAGCUGAUGUAGUUCUGAUCAAGAAUGACUUGAUGGAUGUGGUUGCAGCAAUCGAUUUAUCGCAAUGCGUGAUCAGAAGAAUUCGAAUGAAUUUUGUGUUUGCUUGUUUGUACAAUUUCAUUGGAAUUCCUCUAGCUGCAGGAGUCUUUCUUCCACUUGGCGCAACGUUAGAACCGUGGAUGGGAUCGGCUGCUAUGGCAGCUAGUUCUGUCUCUGUUGUCCUUUCAUCACUAUUCCUAAAAUUGUAUCGUAAACCUUCUUCCGACAAGUAUGGUCAUCCAGUAUUUUUGGACAACGAAAAUAUUUUGAACGAAGAUGACAUUGUUGUCACAAUUGGAGCCGACGAACGUAUUCCCCCUUCACAAAGGAAACGAAAAGACUUAUACAGCACCAAAUCAAGCGCCGCUGGAUCCAGUUUUGGAAUCUCAAUCAAAAACAAAGUUAUCGAAUCGUUGCAUUCCAUGUCUAUAGGGAGUGGGGGAGACGGCAGGGGAUCAUAUCAUAGUGCGAAUGGAGGAAGCGUUAGUAUCACAGGUUGCAAGAGAAACAUUGGGUUUAAAAACGGAAGCUCUGCAUCGAAGGCUAGUAUCGAUUCAUCAAAACAAAAACUGGAUGAAAUAUCGUUGUUGGUCGAUGGUGAAGAUGAUGAUAUAGUUUAGUUUGGUUGUUUACACAUAGUCAAGCAUAAUCUAACAUUGCAGAAAGCUUCAUAUAUCUUUCAUAUUUAGCCUAUCUUGUGUAGUUGCAAUGAGAGUUAUCAAACAUUAAAUAUUGAGUUGAAUUUCUGUAACUUCGAAGCUAAUCAAGUGCUCUUUUAUCAAUAUACAUUAUAGUAUGGAGGAUUUGUAGCAAAAAAUAUUUAUUGUAUAUUCAAUCUGAUAUUAAGUUGAUACUCUAUUGCACUAUUUGUUCACUUAUGCUAACUAGAAGAUAAAUGUUCUUAAUUAAAUAUUUAUUGAACUUGAGAUUGAAUGAAUCGUAUAGGUAUAAUAAUUCUGGUAUCUUGCGAAACCAAUGCAUUAAAAUCAUAUGUUUAUAUCUGUCCAAAAUUUGGAUUUUAUAUAAAUCUUUUGAGGCAAAUCUUUGUGGUAUACUAAAUUCUACUCUUACUUGACACAAAUCUUGUUUUCUUGUGUUUUUGCCAGAAAAAAAGGAUUUCAAAUAUUCGUUUUCUUGAAAAUUCACUUUCACAUAAACAGACCAUUUAAAACCAUACGCUUUUACGAAUACAUCUGUUGUAUAUUUUCCGAUUGCUUUUGUCUACUUUUGACGUAAAGACUAUUUUUUUAUUAAUACAUUUGCCGCAGUGACCUUUUGUGAUAUAAAAUAAAUUUUGGGGAAUAUUUUCUAGCAGUAUAUAAAAUUUGCAAAUUCUGCAUUUUAUUUCUCAUUCCAUUUAUUACAUACCAACUACUUGUAAAGAUUAUACAUUAUGAUUUUGUUAUGAACUCGAUUUGCUCUAAUUUCAUCUUGUUUUAUUUUCUGAUUUUCUCUGUUUAAAAUAAUACAGCAUACGUCUUGAGAUUUUCUCAAAGAAAUAAUGUCUCAAUUAUACAGAAAAACAUUAUAUGUUUCACCUGCAAUUCCCAGAUUUUAAUUUGGCGUGAUAUUUAAAAUCAAACAGUUGAUUGAGGUUUUGGAAAAAGUGAUUAUAUUUGCACU